CUCUGUCCGGGGCAGCAACAUAUGCCGGGCAGUCCCCAUUCCACUCUGCAGCCUGUUUUGACUACUGCAAGCUCCGAUUCCAACUCCAAUUCCAAUUCUCAGCAAUCGUCUUUGACCACUCUCCACUCGCAGUCUGUUUUGAAGGCUGAACAGCCUAUCAUCACAGUCGAGCAGACCAUUACCAAGGUCCCGCAGUCUAUUGUGAAUGAGCGGUCAUUUGAAUCUUCUCUUUCCAACUCCCAGCAAUCUCUGUCCGGGGCAGCAACAUCUGUUACAAAGUCUGAUCAAUCUGUUCUAAAUGGCGGGCAGACACUCGUAGUAUCUAAUCCAGUGACCGGAAGCCUCUAUUCCAAGUCUCUGCAGCCUGUUUUGACGACCGGAAGCUCCGAUUCCAUGAUUCAGCAGUCAGUUUUGACGACUGCAAGCUCCGAUUCCAGGUCUCAGCAAUCGUCUUUGACGACUGUCCACUCGCAGUCUGUUCUGGAGGUCGAGCAGCCUAUCACCGAGUUCGAGCAGUCUGCCUUCAAGGCCGAGCAACACCUGUCCAAGGCAGAACAAUAUGCUGCCAAGUCUGAGACAAAGGUGCAGCGGGUUGUUUCAAAGACACUAGGGAUCGCCACGGCUGAGCUCCUUGCUAUCACCAACACCACCCGUAGUGCAUCAAUCAGAGGGGAUUUGUCUACCGCUGAAAGGAUUCUUACUCUGGAGAUUGCCACCGACGCCAAGAACUUCGCCUCCUAUGCCAAUCGCUCUUUCAUUCUGGCACGCAAACUCGACUGGGACAAUGCGCUUCAUGAUGCGACCAAGUCCCUUGUCAUAAGGACAUCGUUCGCUGGCUAUAUCGCCAAAGGUAUCGCUCUCUGUGGAAAGCAGCGCCUCGAUGACGCGAGGACAGCCUUUGACUUGGCAUUCACGUUUACACAGGGAAAUACGGAUGUCACUAUUUUCCUUUACUUGAUCAAGGCUAUUGCGCUCUUCAAUGCUAAUAGACAUGAAGAGGCAAUGCUGCGUGUGGACCAGCUGGCUGCUGACCCUUCUGCCGAUCCCAUCGCUUGUGGUAUAGUAGUGGCGAGUCUGCGACUCCAACUAGGAAUCAUUGCCUUCAACGGCGCGCGUCAUAAUGAGGCGGUUGAGCACUUCAGUGCCGCUGUCGAUGCUAGCGCUGUCUUGGCUAAAUCCCUCGUUCCUACUGCCUUGGAGGCCUUCACUGUGCUCUUCGGAUGGGACAUCGCAGCAUUGUGGCCAACCUCCAACAAGAGACUGAUACGUGCGCUCCUUAGGGCUGGCAGGCUUGGAGAAGCUUUCGAAUCGUACCGUUUCGCGAUGGACGCUAGUGCUGAAAUUACGCAGACCAACUUACGUUCUUGGGCCUUGAGUGAGUCUUUUCAAUGACUCUCUCGUUGUGAUAAAUGGCGUAGUAUGUCUUCC